AUGGCGUACCUUUUCCCUUCACAAGUCGUUUCGAUUCGCGCACUGAGAGCUGUGCGACCUGAUGAUGGUCACGAGUGGCCUCUUAGAAACUUGAAAAUUCCGCUCAAACCUCUGAAUCUAAUUCCGUCGAAAGCAAGAAUUCGAACCCUUGACCACAGCCUGACGAUCAGGUGUGCCGCCGAAAAACCCUCCAGAUCAGCAGAUACUUCAACGGCUGAGGUCGCAUCUGUGGACGUCGAGCCGUCGCUGCAGAUUGAAACAGGGAUCGAGACGCGUAGAGUGGGGGAGGAGGAGGAUGCGGAGAGCAAUGGCAGCAAAGGGGAGAGCAGCGCGAGGCCAGUAAGGGGCGAAGAGUCGGGGGAUAGGGGGAGUGGGGAUAAGAGAAGUGGGGAUAAGAGGAGCGGAAAGAGAACAGGGAAAACGAGUAGAGGGGGAGAAAAAUGCGAAGAGGAGGAGGAGGCAGUGGCAAUCAUUGCGAGAGUGUUAAGAGAGAAAUUCGGGCGUCAGAUUGUGCGAGAGGAAGGGGAUGGAGGCGGAAGCAGUGAGGACGUUGAGGGGAUUAAGGAGGAGGAGGAAGAGGAGGCAGAGGGAGUGAAAGAGGAGGAAGGGGUAGCGGCCAGUGAAAUGGAAGUCGGCGAGGGGAAGGGGGACGACAUAAGAGCAGAAUUGAGCGAAGAGGAGCCGGCAGGCAAACCUGCUACUCCGCUCAAGGGCACGCGUGCAACCUCUCCCUCCUCCCUCCUCUCCCUCUACCGCUUCUUCUCCUCCCACCUCGGCAUCUCCUCCCCUUCCACUGUCGCUUCCCUCCUCGCCUCCCACCCUGCCCUCCUGCGCUCCAAUCCCACCCGUGACCUGCUGCCACGUGUCCAACUUCUACAGUCGUACGGCAUUUCCCAGGAAAUCAUUGUCCACGUCACCAUCACGAAUGCGUCCUGGCUCCGAAGCUCCCUCCCGCAAAUCCAGGGGACGAUUGAGUUUAUCCUGGCUCGGGGCGUCCGCCAAAGCAAGCUAGGUAUGGUGAUCCGGGGCGCGCCGUACCUCAUCCGCUCGCAGGCUCGUUCAACGAACCUGGACAUUCUGGUGGAGGCAGCAGGAAUUCCCGAGGAGAAGCUGGGUGUGAUUAUAGAGAGGUGCCCGAAUCUCCUAUGUCGAAGCGAAGAAUCCAUACAGGAUCAAAUCAAGAUGUUGUCAGACUACCUGUCAGAUGGAUUGGAAGAGAAGGGGACAGAAGGGGAUACCACCAGCAGCAGCACAGAACACCUGAAGCAACACCUGAAAAAACACCGGAAUCGGCAACGCCUGGACAAAAAGUGCCUCCUGGCGAGGCUUCUCUUGAACUACCCACGAAUCCUCCUCUCUUCUUCUGAGCGCAUAUCAGCCAAUCUCCGCCUCCUCCAGUCCUUCACUCCCCCUGAUAGCCCUUCCAUUGCCAUCCCUAUUCUCCGCCACGCCCCUUCCAUUCUCAACCUCGGUUCGGAGAAUCUCUUAGCUAAGCUCCAGUUUUUUGUGGAGCUGGUGGGGGAGAAGGCAGCAGGGAGGGUGGUUAGUAGUCAUCCGCUGGUUUUGACUCUGUCUAAGGAGAAUUUGGAGGGUAAGGUGGCGGUUCUGAGCGGUUUAAUUGGGCCGGAGAAUGCUGCGCUUGCAGUGGGGCGAUUCCCGCUGCUGCUGACUUCUGGGGAAGAGACUAUGAAGCAGAACUAUGCAGAGCUUUUGAGGGAGUUUCAGGAGGCGUUGGAAGGGGAAGGAGGGGAGGAGGGUGAGAUUGAGGGACUGGAGACAGGUGGGAUUGGUGAAGAAGGGAAGGAGGGGGGGGGGUGUACAGGAUUCAAAAUGGAAAGCAUGAAGGUGCUUUGGGCGUGGCUGAAGGUUCAGUGA